AUGUUCCGGAAAAUUAUGAUGUUUGCUAAAGUUGGAGGGGUAGCACAAUUAAUCAAGCGUGGCAUUUGUGCGAUGGUCAAAGAUGACUUUGGUUCAGGAGAUCAGGAAGUGGAAUCCACAGCUUCUGGCACUUUCCAUCCCAGCGAGUCACAUGGCUCCAGCAGGUCAGGUGGUCGCGUGCGUCCGCGUCAUCCGUUCGGGGAUGUCACCGCGUCAGCCCACGACGCCGCGCAGGCGCAGCACCGCCAUCCCGAGGCCGCCCCGAUGGAGGUCUGGAUCCGUCCGCUCCGUCAAUCCCGGCUCUCGCUCCUGGUGCUGCCGUCCGGCUCCUCCGGCCUUGAGCUCAAACACUGCUGCUGCCAUGGGCAGGGGCUCCCCAUUGCAGAUGUUUACCUGAAAUAUAAUGGAAAACUGGUCGAUGAAGAAACUGAGCUACAACAUGGAGGAAUUUACAGUCUGGAACAGAGACUUUUCGGAGGGAAAGGAGGCUUCGGGUCGAUGCUUCGUGCCCUCGGAGCUCAAAUUGAGAAAACUACAAACCGAGAGGCUUGUCGGGAUUUAAGUGGAAGGAGACUGCGGGAUGUAAACCAUGAAAAGGCGUAAGGCACUCAGCUCACUAACAGAUGA